UUAAUGAAAAAAUGAUAGCUGAACAUUUAUCUAAUAAUAGUUUUCAGCAUGACCCAGUCUAUGAUAUACACAGCAGAGAAUAUAUUGAUGAUCUUGUACAAGUUCUAAUUUUACAUGACCUUUUUAAAAAUGCAGAAGACGUAAUGUCUAUGUCUAAGGCUUUAGCUAAAAUAGUUCUAACUGCAAAUAUUACUAUAAAUUCAAUUAGAAAAUAUCUGAAUAAUAAUAUUCCAAAUGCAUUUUACGAGCUGGUAGAGGCAUUUUAUUAUUCAGUUCUAAAAGAAAAGUAA